AUGGCAAGCCUCGUCAAAGGCGAAUGGGGCGAUCCAAAAUGCAUCCCUCAGAAAGGCAUCGUAACGUACGGCAUCGCACAAAAUCGCCUGAGACCGUUGGCUGGAACGGCUCAAGCUGCAGUCUUCAACACAUUUCGACGGACCAGGAAUCAGAUAUUGUAUUGGGGCGUACCAUUGCUCGUGGGGUAUCAGGCCAUGCAAUGGGCUACGGAGAGGAACGAGUAUCUCAACUCAAAAGCAGGGAGAGCUGAAUUUGGGGAAGAUGGAUGA